AUGGUAUCGGCAAAUGAUAAUGACCUGACCGCUGAAGAACCUCAAAAAGGAUCACGAUUCCUCCCAUUUUUCGAGAUAAAGCGUUUCGAUAGUAGACCAAGCGGAGGCCUAGCGCAAGGUCCCGGAGGAUUGCCGCCUUUAACAUCGGUACCAAUUGCGGGAGAAAGGUGCUCAGCGAGGUUGGAAUCUGCUUUGAACCAGCUUAAAAGCAGAAAGAGGUCUCAACCAAAGAAUUUAGAUAUGCCUCUGAGCCAGAGCAUCGAACUCAAUGGGUACAGUGUGCAUCAGCAGAUGCGGAGCGCGCCGGUCGAUAUGUACGUAACGAGAAUGAGAGUCCGGCUGCCGCAGAACAGCAACUGGGUGAGGGUCGAGAGGUGCUACUUCGACCCGAGGAACGUGUCACUGGACACGAUGCUACUGUUCCACGACAUCACGAUCAGCGGCAAAGUUGACUUGUACGGUGGCAACGAGCUAGACAGAGCGUCGAGGAGAAUCCGGGGGAAUUACGCGGACCGCGGCUCAGAGCCCCACCAAAGGACGAGGGGUGACGGCUGCAACAUGAUCCUCAGGCUACGGAAGGCCGGCAUCGGUUUCCACACGACGCCGCUAAACCAGCAGCCGGGCAGGUUCAACGUGAAGACCGACUCGGAGUUUGUCGAGCCGGGGUUCAUGAGCGUGUACGCGUACGGAUGCGAGAAGUACAUAAACAGGAACUCUAUCGGAAACAAGGACAACCUGCCCCUGAAGCGGAAGAGGCGAUCGGACGAGUUCACCUUCGAUCCUCGGCUGGAGACCGCACACAGUGACUUUCUAGAGCAGCCCUCCGACGUGUGGAGAACCUACGAGCCGCCCAGUAGGGUCAACUACGAAAGGAGCAAGCUGUUCAGGCCCGACGACGAUUUGGACGAAGUGGAGGACAUUUCUAGGGAAAUGGAGGACAUAUUCACGAAAGGGAUCCGGACUCUUUUGACCACCUAUAUGAAAAAAGAACUGCAGCCGGCAAUUAAAGACACCCUAAUGAGAAAUAUGGGCUACGUUGUGUCGUAUGGA